AUGUUCCAAAAUAAACAAAGUGAAGGGACCUAUAUAUCAGAUGUUAUUAUGCCUUUGCUUCGAGCCACCUUAAGCAAUUUGCCAAAUGGACAUAUUUGUUUAAGUACUACUGAGUGUCAGAGCUUAGCAAGUAAGUUAUGUAUAAAUGAUGGAGCAGGUAAGAGAAGAAUAGGCAAAAAACCUGAUAUUAUGGCAUUAGAAAAGUGUGAAGGAAAGCUGGUAGAAUAUCUAUAUUUAGAGAGUUCACGUAUUAUCUGCAAUGAUACUAAAAAGAAUGAUGAUGAGACAAAGUUAUGGAGAGAAUUGUUGGACGGGAUUAGUUAUAUAAAUAGCGCAUGUAGACCUACUAGUAACCAGUUUGGUGUGGUUGGAAUUCAGGUGGCCGGUGAAAAGAUAUCUUUAAAUGUCCUGAUAAAUGACGCUAUCGGAAUCCCGAGAUAUUUUCAUGUAGAUCAUGCAGAAAUUCCACUAACUUCUGGCAUAUCAUGGCGGAUAAAGCCCCUAAUGCGAUUACUGCUAACUUUAAGAAAUAUUAUAAUAGUGAACAAAAGUCUGCUUAUUCAAGCAUUAAAGCAGGCUAUUUCACACCCGCCUCGUAAUGUUCACCCAAGUCCCGCCGUCUCUUCACCACGUAGAGAAGAACGUAGAGAAGAACCGGGACAAAAAAGACCCAGGAAGAAUAGUAAAACUAGAAAGUUAACAAAACAAAAAAGCGCACAUUUUUAG